UUCUACAUCUGGUUUGAAAAGGCCUAUGUUGUAUUUGUAUGGUCCGGGUGGUACAGGGAAAAGUACGUUUUGUAUUUCACUAAUUAUCAUCCUAUCUGUGAGACCGAACUUCUAUCUACCCUUUAUGAAGUUCCUAAGAAUUGCGAUACCCGCAUAUUAAAUUCCCAUCCCGAAAUUUGGCAUAAAUUAUUAACUCCAAAUUCAUGGAUCUAUAUAACUUCUCAACCAAUUGAUACUACAAUUAGUUGUGAAUCUGGAAAAGCAGUUAAUUUGAUCUUAAAUAAUACAGGAAUAAUUAAAUUGCUUGAAAAUUGCAAGAUAUAUACAAGCUCUAUAAUGCUCAUUUCAGAAUCCAUUAUCUCUGAAAGUUCUUUUAACCAUUAUAUUCCGACACUCGAAUUAAACGAUGAUUGUUGGGAAAAACCGAAAAAUAAAACCAAAGAUAACAUUUAUUUAAAUCCAAUAGUAAAAACUCUUGAUUCUGAAUCACUUAAUCUUGUUAGCAGUAAACUUAAACAACUUGACGAAAUGUCGGAAGAAUUAGAAACUAUUUCAUUCUUGAGUCGAGUUACUAAUAAUACAUAUUUAGCUUUUAUUUUCCUAUCUUUAAUUAAAAUUGUUUUGGUAUACUUAGGUUACAAAUUAUAUAAAAAACUAAGAAGUUAUUGUCCCUCAAAUCAAAAACAUUCUCAUGGCAUUGACUCCAAAUGUUCUCAACUAACGAAUUGUCUGACCUUAAAUUUUUGCAAAAGAAGUAUUUCUAAAAACAUUGAUCUUGAAUUUAACGAAAGAGAACCUUGCUCCAGUGAAACUUGUAUAAGAGAAGAAGAAACUCCUUUAACACGUUCACUGCCAAUGACUCAACAUAUGAGUCACGGCGGUACCCCUCCUAUGGCCAGUGCCUCAACUGUUGAGUCAUGUGCAUGGCUUUAGUAUAUGAGUUUAGUAUUGUUUCGGCUUCCGCAGGGGAUACGUCUCGUUUCACCGGUCGCAAGUGUACUUAUAAACACGUGUUUUUUCGAAAUCGGUUUUUGUUGGUGAUAAGUAGUUUUCCUGACAUGGAUGAAGAAAAUCCAGGUCCUUCUCGGCCUAAACGGAGGCAUACAGAUUUCAAAAUGAUGAGACCCCUGACAUUAUCUGAACAAGAAGAACUUUUGUAUUUAUCAGAAAGUGAGGAGGACCCGUUCGUCGACAGUGGCAGUGAAUACGAGCGUACUGAUCAUGAGAGUUCAAGUGACGAAGACGAAUUGCCCGAUGUUGCCGCUUUAGAGGAUGCAAGCCUUACCGACAUUGAGAAUAAUGAGACGAUUAGUGUUCAAAACAGUAACAGUGAUAUUCCGACCUGGACUGAUGUGCCUAAUCAAAAUGACUUUUUAUUUUC